GAACCCGUGUUCAUAGAGACCACACUGAAAAAAAAAGAAGACGCUCUGGCAGAGGUCACUGUCAAAGUGCCAGUGUUACUCCCGGACAGGAUAUUGGCCUAUCUUUUUGAUACCGUGGGCAUUCGCAUACCGCAGUCUGCUUUAGCAAAGUAUUGGACCCAUUGCAAAGAAUUUAUGCCGUGGGGCCAAGAUUUGGACCUUGACGGGAGCCACGUUCCAUUAACAAUCUAUGGAGACACUGCGCGGUAUGGUACGGGGUUCGAUCAAUCCAAAGUGACAGGCUGCUUUAUGAGUCUGGUGCUGUGGCGGCCUAAAUCAACCAGGAUGAGUCAGUUCCUGCUCUGGAAUUUAGACGGGGAGCGUAGUUUGGGCUGGAAAAGCCACAACCCGCUAUAUCUGGCUGUUGUGAAGUCACUCAAUGCUGCCUUCGACGGGUUCUCAUUGGAAGGGGCACGGCUGAGUCACAGGUUUUGUGUCACUCAGAUCAAGGGCGAUUGGGAAUAUCAUUGGCAGACGUGGCGACUCAAAAACUAUUACAAAACUCGCUUUAUCUGCUGGCGGUGUAGUGCUGAGAACCACGCCAAUGCCACGCACUCGAUGACCGAUGUCAGCGAGAAUCCAUCUUGGCAAGCAACAGAAGUUUCGCAUAAUCAGUUUGUCGUCGAUGGAAUGCAGGUCCACUACUGGGCUUGCGAUCGUUCCACUUCUCAAUGUUAUGCCAUUGCAGUCUUCACAAUGUCAACCUUGGCUUGGCUCAGGAUGUUUCUGAUCGAGAAUGGCUACUUCGGGGACCCCAACCCAGACGUGAAUUCACUACAUCAGCUACUCGUGGUUUGGAAGCCUGAGAAACACGGUGCUCACAUGGCCCACAAAGGCUACAAUGGUCGUGUGAUAGCUAUGUGGCUUGGUAACUGCUUAGAACUGGCUGCAAGCCACACCACGAUGCCUUCUCGUGAAAUUGGCCAAUGGCUACGCAAGAAACAUGUUGAAGACGGGCACCCCUGGCCUGAUGAGAGACCUGAUGCUGACGAAAGAUUUCCUUUGAUUUGCCUUGCAAUGCUCCCUGGAUCCAAAGUUGUGGUGUGCUCGCAUUAA